AGUGGGCGUGACUAGAUUCUAGCAUAGAUUGUGUUUAUAGUCACCUUUGGUAGCUAGCUAGCUAGCUGAGCUCAGCUGAUUUAUUUAUUACGUGUACAUACAUGGAUGGGGGCAGUAACAGUCAAGAUGUUGUGCUAUCUCAUGAAAAAGCACCUCUGCUCAGCUCAACCAAAGUAGACACAGCUACAGACAGGUCUAUCCAAGCAACCCAACCGUCUGCUGAACCAGUUAUUCGCACAUACCUGUGGAGAUGGAUUGUCCUUAUCAUCUACUCAGUCGUCUCAAUUUCAGUCAACCUAGUAUGGAUAUCAUCAGCCCCUAUAGCAGACAUAAUGACCUGCUACUAUGAUGUGUCCGUGUUCUGGGUGAAUGGACUGUCUGAGGUGUACAUGCUCAUGUAUUUGAUCGCUUUGUUCCCAAUUGUCUGGCUUCUAGAUAAAUAUGGGCUAAGACUGACAAUGAUAUUAGGGGCUGGUUUCAAUGCUGCAGGGGCUGCACUCAAAGUGGCAGGCACAGGGUCAAAUUAUUUUUGGAUAACUAUGUUUGGUCAGACUCUGGCGGGAUUGUCGGAUGUGUUUAUCUGGACAGCUGGUCCUCUCCUUUCUGAGGUGUGGUUUCCAUCAAGAGAGAGGGCCACAGCCACAGCUAUUGGAACAGCCAUUUCAGUCCAGUCUGGUGUUCUGCUUGGUCUGGGGCUGACUCCGUUCAUAGUGCACAGUGACCUGAGUCUCCAGUUUGCAGUGUGCGGGAACACAACCAUUCCUCCCUUUGCCAACCCGGGGGAGACUAAAGAAUGGUCCGACUUCAUAUUCUCUAGACUCUUGUAUUUCAAUAUUGGAGUGGCUGCAUUGAGCCUUCUUGCAUUUAUUUUCACUCUUAUAGCUUUCCACAAUGCCCCGCCCACUCCUCCAAGCAUCUCUCGUAAGCUAGAGAGCGAACACAAACAGUCGACAGGUUUUCAGCAGUUCAAAGAGUUCCUCAUUACCACACUAGGGGCAUUCAAGAAUGUACACUUUGUUCUCUACAUGAUUGUUGCUUCAAUAAUCCUAGCGAUGGCUUGUACUAUGGAAUCCGUCAUCAACGAAAUAGUCCAUCCCUUUUUCCCGGACUAUGAUGAGCAAAUAGGGUACCUUGGGAUCACUGCACAAGCAACCUCUAUCGUUGCUAUGUUUGCAGCAGGCAUUGUGCUUGAUUGGACCAAGGCAUUCUAUGCUAUGAAUCUGUUUGUGUGUGUACUCUCUGUCGUCUGUGUGGUAGCAUGGGCAGUGUUAAUUCUGUUCCAGACAAAUUUUUACCUACUGUACAUACCCGCCGUACUUUUAGGACUUAGUAUGGCUUCCUUCCUUGCUGUGGCUUAUGAGUAUGCUAUUGAGAUGACCUAUCCCCUCCCGGAGGGUACCUCCGCUGGCCUCAUCAAUGCUGGAUCACAGCUGUUCUCCAUUGUCAUCAUAACUAUAAUGAGCUACUUUAACAGUGUGCACAUGGAGUCAGUGGGAUUGUGGUUCAUAGUUGGAAUCACUGCUCUGGGCUGCCUCAUCACUAUCUUUGUCAAACCAAAACUCAGAAGAGUAAACAUUGAGAAAAAACAAUAGUAUUAUACUUUUUUAGACUGUUAUCUUGUGAGCACACAAUAUAUUUUUAUUUUUAUCAUGCAUGUCAAUAAUAGAGUGGGAUAAUAAAAAUGGCAUAAGUGAUAA